AUGGCUAUUAACUAUAUAUAUUAUCUUAUAAAAGGCAGUAAAGUUAUUAAUUCUGAUCAUAUUGUGGAUGAGGAUUUUGACACUACCUUUGAAGCUCCUCUUAUAUUUAACAUUAUCAAAAUCACAGCUAUUAGAUGUUCAAGAGAAAGAAUUAUUAAUGAAUCUAAGAAAGCCAUUUUAGUAGAAAGUGAUAAUGAACCAAUCUCUGUUGCAAAAUGUACCUUAAGGAUUAAACAAAAAGCUCAAAUUGUAAUUAUUGAUAGAAUUUAG